ACGCAGCUAUCGAGAGGGAACCAUACACGCAAGACUCACGCACGACUGACUGUUAUAAACAUAACUGACUAGUACUCUUCGUGUUCGAUUAUGGCUAGCGACAGCUCCGAGAAAGCAAAAGAGGCAGAUGCUAAUGCUUAUAGAAAGCUGGUUGUGUUUGUAGGCUCUGUGUCUAUACUUUGCCUUGUCUGUUUUGGCUACUGGCUUAACACAACGUCCCUUCCGACCCCAGACUUGCCAACAACGGCUGAUCGACUUGCUUUUGCCUUGAAAUGGCAGUCGUUAUCUGCUUUGACUGUUUUGGCAGGAAUCAUGUGGGUUAGUAACAAAAGAUUUUGCACUCCGGCUUUAAACCCGUUAGAUCCAGCAGCCACAAAUUACGUGGAGGUACCUCUGAGAUACCUAAGCAACACAACAGAGCAAUUCUUGAUGCACUUCGUUGCUUGUUUGACCCUCGCCAUCCAUCUGCCGCCCAACAAGAUGAUGGCAUUGCCUUUGUUGAGUGUUUGGUUUGUAGUAGCUCGAGUUGUCUUUGCAAUUGGGUAUUCAAUCCGUCCCUUCUUCAGAGCUCCUGGAUUCACAUUAACCUUCUACCCUACAAUUGUCGCUCUUGUUUACUGCAAUUAUUGUUUGUAUGUGGAAUAUCUGAAGUGAAUAUACAGGGUAUGCAAAUACCGUACAACGGCCAUACUUGGUUGAAUACAGACGAGAAAGACUACUUCACGUUUGACUUAUCGUAUAUCAAUAGUUCUCUUAAAUUCCUUAUUUGUUAGACUACACGACAACUUUAUGUAGUUAGAUAAACUAUCAUGACUGAAAAACUGACGCUUUUAGACCCUUUUUACGUGAGAUAUGGUGCCCCUAGUGGUAGGGCCAAUAUCCUUUGUUUUCAAUCCUCCAGGGUAAAGAAAACUAAAGAGUUAGCCCUACCACGUAGGGACACCCUAUCUCAAGUAAACAGGGCUUAAGAGCGCUUUCAGAACACUUACUCGAGUUGCAGCAUAGAGCAUUCGUGUUAUAAACUAAAAGCCUUUAUAGAGCAACAAAUCAUGCCAUUCUUAAUGUCACCUGAAUAAUUCCACAAAUUUCAUUUUAAGUUUUCUUUGCAAAAUCAUUUGAGAAAACUUUUGCACUAGUAUAUAUAUUUCAAAUCAUAGUUAUUUUUCUUUGUGUGUUUUCUACCCGACUUUUUCAUGCAGCUUAGUUUUAUAGCACUGUUAAAGACAUCAAUUCAGAUGUUUAAUCCAUUGUUUAUAAUUUGUGUAUAAUCUUAUUAUGAUAUCAAUUUAACAACUUAAGAUAA